AUGCAUUAUACUCGCAAAAGCUUGGGACUCUUUCGUAACCUCGAUUCGGUCAGCGUGGAAUGUGACAUACGACACAAUGUGAGAGAUGCGGCCAUCCCAAUGAAGCCACAUCGAUUGUUGGCGUGGCUGACCAUAGCCACACUAUUGAUUUCUUCCGUAACGGCGGAUGACUUGGUACCGAAGAGGAAGUCGAGUUUGCGAAAACAGAACAGAACCUCAGCAGGUAACAGAGCACUCAGACGCAGCGGCCUCCUGGCGGCACCUAAUGCGGAACGUCGGAGGAAAAAUCGAAAAAGCUCCAACUCCUUGCUCACUCCGCAUCAGAGCAAUGAAGUCGGGGAGGCUACGGACAAGAAAGUUGUCUGCUAUUUCACAAAUUGGGCCAAAUACAGGACGGGGAAAGGAAAAUUCGGCCCAGAAGAUGUUGACCCCUUCAUAUGUACGCAUAUUAUCUAUUCUUUCGGCUGGAUGAGGAAAAACAAGUUGGUCGCUCACGAUGUCGAAGCCGACGAAUCGAAGAACGGCAAGAAGGGCGGCUUCGAGAAAAUUGUUGAUCUCAAGAAAGUCAACCCGAAACUGAAGGUUCUCCUGGCCGUUGGCGGAUGGUCUUUCGGAACUCAAAUGUUCAAGGAUAUGGCAUCCAAUUCCUACAAUCGAAGACUGUUCGUAUUCUCCGCGAUGGAAUUCCUACGAAAACGCAACUUCGACGGUCUCGAUCUGGAUUGGGAGUUCCCCCGCGGAAAAGAAGACAAAGACAACUUUGUGAAACUCUUGAAAGAUCUCCGCGAAGCAUUUGAGGCGGAGGCCAAGGAGAAGAAAUUGAAGCGACUCCUGCUGACUGCUGCAGUCUCGGCUGGAGCGGAAACCAUACAGAGCGGAUACGACGUCCCAGCUGUGGCUGCCUAUCUGGACUUCAUCAAUGUUAUGUCAUACGACUUCCACGGGAAAUGGGAGAAGCAAACAGGACACAAUAGUCCUCUCUAUGCUUUGAGUUCGGAGUCCGAAUGGAGGAAGAUGCUCUCAAUGGAUUAUGGGGCGAAGAAAUGGGCAUCGAUGGGGGCCCCGAAAGAGAAGCUCAUCAUCGGUCAAGGAACAUACGGGAGAACAUUCACCCUAUCCAGCAUAAAGAACAACGGUAUGAAUGCCCCUGCAUCUGGAGGCGGCAAAAAAGGAGAAUUCACCGGCGAAGAAGGAUUUCUCGCUUAUUACGAGAUCUGUGAUAUGAUGCGGAAAGGAGCCACUUAUGUCUGGGACAAUGAGCAAAUGGUACCCUACGCCUAUCUCGAUGAUCAAUGGGUCGGUUUCGACGACGAGCGAUCGAUCCGCAACAAAAUGAAAUGGAUCAAAGAAAACGGAUUCGGUGGCGCUAUGGUUUGGGCUAUCGACAUGGACGAUUUCAGAGGAACGUGUUCGGACAAGAAAUGGCCCUUGAUAGGAGCUAUGGGAGAAGAACUCCUGGGUCAUCCUUCUCGAGGUCCCAUCAGCUCGCUUGAAGUUCUAGCUAAGGAUGUCAAGGCAGCUGCUCCCUACAAAAGAGAGAAGACUCCCGCUCGUAAAAAUCCUCUCGAAGAUCUAGCCAACGCUCCGAAGUCCGUCAUAGAGGAGCAGAAGCGUCUGAAAGAAAACGAGAGUAAUUUGGAGGAUCACCCUGAGCCUGACACGAAUGCGAGAGUCAUUUGCUACUUCACCAAUUGGGCGACGAAACGCCGAGGUCGGGGAAGAUUUGAGCCUGUCAAUAUCGACCCUAUGAAGUGCUCGCAUAUCGUCUACGCCUUCGCUGGAAUCAAGGAUAAUCAACUUGUACCAACUGAAGAAAAAGACGACAUCAUAGAGGGGGAUAAAGGCUACUACGAGCAAGUGGUGGCCCUGAAGAAGAAGAAUCCUUAUCUGAGAGUCAUCCUUGGAGUUGGUGGCUGGAUGCUUGGUUCCGCACCCUUCCGAAACGUCACCGAGAGCUCCUACAGACAAAACCUAUUCGUCUUCAAUGUGAUCGACUUUUUGAGAGAGAAGAACUUCGAUGGACUCGACAUCGAUUGGGAGUUCCCCCGUGGCGCGGAUGACAAAGAGAAACUGAGCAAUCUGGUCAAAGAUCUUCGUCAGGCUUUCGAUGGAGAGGCUCUCUCUGCGAAGAAGCCCCGUCUCUCACUAUCCCUGGCCGUUCCUGCGUCAUUCGAGGCGCUCGCCGCUGGAUAUGAUGUUGCUGAGCUGAAUAAGCACAUCGAUUGGUUCAACAUCAUGACGUACGAUUUCCACGGUGACUGGGAGCGACAAGUCGGCCACCACUCGCCCUUGUUCCCUCUCAUCGCCGCUUCCGCCUAUCAGAAGAAGCUCACCGUGGAUUUCAGCGCUGCUGAAUGGGUGAGGAAGGGUGUGUCGAAGGAGAAGGUUGUCAUCGGUAUUCCAACCUACGGCAGAACCUUCACUCUGACGAACGACACUCUAACGGAUGUGGGGGCGCCAGCCAUUUCCGGCGGCCAGGCUGGAAAUUUCACGUCUGAAGCUGGAUUCCUCUCCUUCUACGAAGUUUGCGACAUGCUCCGAAGCGGAGCCACCCUCGUAUGGGAUAAUGAGCAGCAAGUACCCUACGCGUUUAAGGACGAUCAAUGGGUUGGCUUCGACGACCAGAGAUCUCUCAAAAUGAAAGUCCAGUGGUUGAAAGAAAAUGGCUACUCAGGAGUCAUGAUCUGGUCAAUCGAUCUCGACGACUUCCGUGGAACGUGUACUGGGGAGCCCUAUCCCCUCCUCAGUGCAAUCCGAGAAGAGCUGAAGGGUUACAAGGUCCAGGGACUUGAGGCCGCAGCAUCGAUCGCCUACGGCGGCAACGGAAUAAACGAUCCCUUCGAGGUUAUCUGCGAAGACGAAGACACCCCCAUAUCUUACCAUGUGGAUAAGAAAGACUGCACCAAGUACUAUUUAUGCCAAGGGAAAGUGAGACAUCACAUGCCCUGCCCAUCCGGAUUAGUGUUCAAUCUUGCUGAGAGGGUUUGCGAUUGGCCAGAUAAGGUCGAAGACUGCGCCCACAUCGGCCAACCCAAAGACGAGUGA